AUGGUUUCGCUGUCGACGUGGUUCCGCUACGCCGCCCACAAGUUCGAGUACUCCAUCUCCCUCUCCUGGAAGAAGUACACCGUCGGGCAGAUCAACAGCACUGAGAUGACUGAUGCUAUCUGGAAGAGCUUCUUCCAGGGCAAGCUCACCUUCCCGCAGUGGAUCAAAGGGGGGGAAGCCAUGGCCCCCGUCCUGGCUCCGACAGGAGGAACUGUCCUCGUCAGAAAGCUCGCCACUUUAUCCCCAAAAGAACUCUUUGUUGGGGACAUCGUCUUGUUGAAGGACCCAGAGAAAUCUGAUGAUUUAAUUGUCCGACGACUGGCUGCAGUGCAAGGCUAUGAGAUGGUCUCUACUGAUGAGAAGGAUGAACCCUUUGUACUUGACAAGGACGAAUGCUGGGUCAUGGCGGAUAACCAAGAACUAAAGGCAAAGGAAGCUAGGGACAGCCGCCUAUUUGGGCCGGUCCCUAUGACUGAUAUUGUUGGCAGAGUUAUAUACUCUUUAAGAACUGCUGUUGAUCAUGGCCCAGUGGACAACAGCCGUGUAGCCAUGUUCCAGGAUUCGCCGGUUUUGGCGGUAGAGCUCGACGUGGAAGAGAUGGUGAAGAACAAUAAAAUGUAG